AUGGCACAAGUAAAAGUCCUAACUAAAUUUGAAGGAAGACAAGAAGAAUAUUUUGGAGACCAUAGACAGGGGAUGACUUUUACCUUUUUUAAGUUUGUUUCCCAAGAAAAGGAUAACGGAGUUCCUAAAUAUGAAAUAUUUGUUAUGGCUUCGGAUCCAACUCAUCCAGUAAUGGAAGAAGUUAACAAAAACAGUGAUUUGUUAGCAAAAGGCAAGGAUAAAGCAAAAAGAUAUUUUUUCUCUGGUCAAACUCCCCAAUCUCCUCAUAGUAGCAUUAAAGAUGCUUCUAAAUAUCAAAAAGGCAAAGAGUUUAUUGAUGAGUUAGAAAGUGAACUAAAUAAGAAAACUGAGGCUAUUGUUAAUCGCACAUCCCAGCAAGAGCAGGAGUUAAAGGAUAAAAAGCAAGAAUUAGCCGAGUUAGAAAGGCAACAGCAAGGAGGAGAUCCAAAAAAUCCAACUAAUUACUGA